AAGUUGAACAAGAUUGUAUUUAAAACCACAGCAGAUCAGGUCUGCAAGCUCAGACGACGGCAGAAGGAUUCCACACCACACCAAUACUGAACCGUAGCCUAACAGGUCGACCAUGUCGGAAAGUCAUCUAAUGGGCUUUUUAGUCCUUUUUCUAUCAAUCCUUCGUACUGCAUCAACUUUUGGAAUUCUCAACUCAAUCAACGACCUGAAGGACAUCCCAUUCGACCAAUCGGUGCCCAAGCACAGCCUUGCGCUGCUCCACUGGUUUGCCAACACCAUAGAAAUAGACAACAACGACGCGAUAGAGCUGACCUUUGAACCGGACGAUGGAGACUAUGGCACUCAUCACUAUGGAAACUUUGAGGGAUUCCUGGAUCCAGUGCCCUAUCGCCACCGGUACUUCACCCUCGGCAACAUCAACCCCAAUAUCAACAAUCAGAUAAUCUCUUUGCCCUCUUAUUUCACCAAUAACGAUCUGUUUGGGCAUGAGGAACUGAACAGGGCUCGCAUCAUAUUCACACUCUCCUACCGGAACACCAUCGGCCAGGUGUACAUCACACAGCACUACCAUGCCAGUCAGGGUCUGGGGACUGUGUAUGACCCAGAGCACACCUACCAGAUCACCAUCGACCUCUUGAGGGAGCUCAGAGUCUUCUCCUUGGACCGAAGUCCACACUCCGAGCUGUCAGAGAUCGGAGGCGACUUCGAGAGCGGCAUCGACUACAACAACAUUUGCUUCAUAAGAAACACGUGGGGCCAGCUGGCGUGUGUCGGACUGCUGUUGUUCAUCGUGAUCAACGAGAGGAAUACGCCUUGCAGUGCCAGCAGAUCGCGAGAACAGAAACGUCUUCAGAAACGUAACGAUCGAGCAAGCGCAACUCCAUUUGUGUACAAACCACAAAGCGACAACAACUACAGGCCGCCUCCUCAGAACCAGGCGGAGGAGCAAUGCCUUCCAGUGUUCCUGUUCCUGGCAUUCCUAGCAUUUCUAUUUUUUUUUCUUAUUCUGAAAUGAAUUUGUGAAGCACCUUUCAAAAGCAGAAUACAAAUUGCUCGACAGAAUAGAACAAAACCAGAAUAAAGUACAGAAUAAAUGAUAAAUAAUACAGGGAGGAGUGAUGUCAGUGCUCUACAAGAACCACCGGGACGCCAGUGGGAUCCUUCACUAGAGUACUGGGCCACCCUGGGGAACGCCAUUGGUUCAGGCUCCAUGAAGAUACACGUUUUUGCCUUUGCUUUACCAGGGUGGCAGACAAUAUGUGAACAAUAUCGAAACAAUUUAAACGUAGGGAAACCAAAAACUCAGGGAAAUUCCAGGGAAGCACACAAAAAACAUAUCGUUAUAUCCGGUAAUAUGUUGAUCCAGAUGUGGUCAAUCAAUCUUUAAAUGAGAAUGAUUCAGAGAGACAGGGUAAAUGUUUUGGUAAAUGUCUUCAAGUAGUACUGUGUGUGUGUGUGUGUGUGUGUGUGUGUGUGUGUGUGUGUGUGUGUGUGUGUGUGUGUGUGUGUGUGUGUGUGUGUGUGUGUGUGUGUGUGUGUGUGUGUGUGUGUGGCUUAUGAAUAGGUGUUUUUCAUUUUCUCUGUACAUUUGCUAGGAAGUACACUCAUUAUGUAUAUGGAUACAUUUAUCUUAAUCUGCAUAUUAAUUAAUCAAUUACAUGUUAUUAGGGGUGUUCACUUCAGAGGGGGAAUGAUACCAUUCUGUGAGGGAAUUAUUGGUGAAUAUAUACAAUAUGCAGAAUUACAGUGAGGGCUCUGAUCUUAAAUAUAAUAGAAGCAUAAUUUCUCAUACAUUUAUGUUUUAUGCUCUUUAGUUAAGCAUUUAAGGAUUUCUAUGAUAGUUUUUUUCUGACUAGGUUUGCUUUCCCUGUAUUUACAUCCAACUUGUUCUUCAAAAUAGGCACGCUUACUAUUGUGGCAUCAAAAAACAAAAUCAAUAAAAACAUUUGUUAUGAUUUG